UUCUAUCUGUAGUGACUGUAGAAACACUUGAUGAGCGCCCGACUGCCGAUGACGCGAAAUGGUGACCCAAAAUAAAUUCAUGCUCAAUCUUAUAUUUAGCACGCUUGCUCGAAUCAUGCCGAGCGGCCAGUUGAACUGAGAUUUUGCACCGAUCACAGAUCAUUUCACAUAUACAUAAUAAAAAAAAAAACAAGAAAAAACGUCGUCGUGUGUGUUUCCUGAGUGGAUAUAAACAAAUGUCAGGAAUACUUAAACGUGACCCCCCAUGUUGCGGUGGUUCGAACGAUUCAAGGUAACCACUGCACUAGUCCAAAAUAUCUUCUCAACAACGCUCAUACACAAGUUAUUCACACCUAUUUCCACACAAGCCCACGCAAACACAUCGUGUUUCCAGUUGCUGAAGCUUACAUUGAAACGAAAUGUUGUGUUCUUAGUUUUACGGUGAAAAAGUGUAAACGUUGGUCCGUGUGGGAUCAUAACACAGGUAUUUUAUCAAAAAUACACAUAACCAACCAUAUGAACUUCAUAAACAAUACUACUUGUUGACAUAACACAAUUUUGUUACUUGAAUAAUUCAACAUAUGGAAUCUGAAUUGUCACCAGAUAAUGAGAAAAAUAUCCCACCGGUGCCAAUAAAAACUUAUCAAUGGGAAGAUUUGAAAAGAGCUCGUGAGGCUGGCGGUUAUCCUUGGACUCAUCUUCUGAAAGAGCCAAUAGAAGGCGAAAUUACAGCUGAGGAUAUUAUCAGAGAAACAACACCAAGAAGAAGUAUGUCGCGUGAAUUUUCAAAGUCCAGGACACAUUCACCUGUCGAUAGGGAUGUCCAGAAGAUCCUCAUUCUUGACUCUUCUCCGGGUAGCAGUAGAAAACAUGGUGAAGAAGGUGAGGAUGAAGGUGUACAUAUACCAAAUUUUUCUAAAGAAGUAUCUUUAGAUUCUGAUGACGAAAAUAUGAAUCAAGCUACCCAAUCGUAUAUCGUGAAAAGACCAGAGAGUCAAACAAGUACACGCUUAGCCACGCCUAUUGAAAUACCCAAAAAUAUUUCUCCAAAAGGUAUUUUAAAGAGACGUGUACCAGAACAACAGUACAAUAUUGGUGUAUCAGAGACACGUGAAAAAACAAAAUGUUGCCAUCCACUUGUGAAUAAAAUUAAGCAUUUAGCUGAUAAGACCUUACAAAAACUCGAAAAAACUGAAAAUGAAAAGUCACCAAUAGCAAAACGGAAAAAGAAUGAGGAUAUUCAGGAAAUAAGAGAACUCAGAUUUUCUCCAGGAGCUGUACGAAGACAAAAAUUUAGUGCGAUAAAAUUGGGUGACUCUGAUGAGAUGAGUAAAUCAAUGAAUGUUAAUACGCCACCACCUAGAAAAAAAAAGGAACAUAUAUAUGAAGACGUAGAAGAAUCAAAAAAUAUUGAAACUGAGAAAUCGUUACAUUUUUCUCCAGACGUAGACAAAUAUGACCUUGAAAAAUCAGAUGAUAAUAAAAGCAGUAGUAACAAAGAAAAUGAAAGCAUAUCUGAAAAAAAAUCAGUAUCAUCGUUUGACCCCAGUUUGGUAGCGGACGACGCUACUUCUUUGAAACCAGAAGAACAUGUUAUGGAAAAAUUACAUAAAAAAGAUGACACCAAUAAAGAAGCAAUAUUAUUAGAUGACGAAAUGGAUCCUGAUGAGCCCAACGUAGAUGAAAUUUUCCAAAAUCAACUUGAUGAAACCAGGUCACGAAAUGAAUCACCCAAUAUUACUAUUACAGAAAUAAUAGACGAAGAUAUAGAGGUUACUAUUGAACAAACCACUACCAUACCAAUAGAGUCUUCACCCAGUCCAAGUCCUCUUGAAAGGAAUAAUCAAUAUAUCAACAACGCAUCAGAACAAGAAUGGUCUAAGCCCAGCAGUGAUCACGAAUAUGAAAUCAUCGAAAAGCCCCCACCAAAUGUAGUUUAUACUACUAGUGUGGGAGAAAACUCGACCUUGGUAAAAGCAGAAGACGAGCUGUCUAGUACGACCUCAUUAGAAAGGAAAUUCUUACAACACACAACUGAUGAAGAAGAUCAUACAGAAGAAGAAAAAGAAAAUCUUCGAGAUGAUAAAACAGAUGAAAUCUUAAAUGCGGAAUUGUUACAAAGGAAUAUUGAAGACCGUUUUUUCGUUAAUACACCUUCGACGGUGUCGCGAACAGAAUGUGAAGUGAGUACAAGUCAAGUUGAUUCAUCUGCAUUAGAAAACUUACCUCUUAAAAGAGAUAGCCGUCAAAAAAAUUCAGAUAAUGCUGACAGUAAAAUUCAACAACGAAUAAAAGAAAGUACAGGUAAACUUAAAACUCAGGCAGGAAAGUUAAAAACUAAGUUGAAAAAUAUAAAAUCCAAUAAAUUUAAUAUGCCUGAUAAACCAAAAAUAAGUCUUCCUGAUCGACCCAAAUUUAAAAUGCCUGAGCGUCCAAAACUCGAGAGACCACGAUUUAAUUUACCAGAAAGAAGAAAAUUUAGUUUACCUGAUAGACCCAAAUUUAAGAAAAUUAAUAUAUCUGAAAAAUUAUCUUUUGGUGAUCGUAAAAAAUUUACCUUGCCAAAUAGACCAAAAUUUAGUGUUCCAGAUUUGCCCAAAUUCAAAAUGCCUGAGAGACCUAAAAUAAAUUUUCCAAGUUUAGGAAGAAGAAAGGAAUAUAAAGUUGAAACUGAAACUGAUGAUAAUCGCAGCAAUUCACCGAAUGUAGCUAUAGUUGAUUUUGAAGCCAAAACUUUUCCUAGAUUAUUCAAUAAAAAGAAGAAAACCGAACUUCAAAAAACAUCAUCAUCACCAACAUUAAAUAGAGAUGAAACUCCGCCACCUACUUUUACUUUUACUCGUGUCAAAAAAACUAACAAAGAACCGUUAUCUUAUACUCCGGAUGAACCAGAACAGCCAAGAGAAUAUGGUAAUAUUGAAAAUCAAGAAAUUUGCGAAAGUGAACCUGAUAUCCAGACACGGUUCGAGACCACAUAUGACUUUGACAAAAUGGACACAGAAUAUUUAGAUGAAGCAGGAGAUUUAUCUAAUUUCAAUGAAAAACACAAUGCAUCAUCUAUCCCUAAUAUUUCACCGUCUAACCAAGAAUACACUCAUAUUAACGAAAUUAAUAAUGACGAAUUUUUUGUCCGACCGAGAGGAAUUUCUCGCGAAAAUAUUCAAGUUAGAGAAUACUUGAGCGACGAAAUACGACAAGCGUUCAAAAUCCCAAACAAUGUCCUCGCAUAUAUGGGGAGCAAUUCUGGGGUUAACGAUGAACACUUGUAUUAUAAUGAAACCGAUGCUGAUCCAGAGCUUAUGAUGGAUGAGAACGAGCAAAUUAGAUAUUCUAAUGAGGAUUUGAAUGAUAAAGAUGAUGGUUAUUACACAUUCCCUCCUGUGAGACCAUCUAGAGCUAAACGGAAGAAAAAGGAAACUGAAUCCAUGAAAUACAUUGAUGAUAGUGUUAAUGCUAGUAUGCAGUUCAGUGAAGUAGAUUUAGGCGUAUUAGAGGAUCAACACCAUCAGGUGGAGCACGUCACCGAGGGUAUCGAUGAAGAAAACAGAGAAGAACUAGACCAAUUCAAUAGACUAAAUUUAGUACCAUCUGUUGAUUUGCAUUCAAUUCACGAGUAUGCUAAUGAUGACGUAAUAGAAUACCCAGAAAGUUUGCCGAUUCAAUCUCAGACUCUACCGAUGCCACCUAGAAGAAAAAAGAAGUCUAUGAAGAAAGACUUAAAGCAUUCUUCUUUGAAUGAUUUCAAGAAUAUGCCGAUUUCAGAGCUUUGGGAAGAAUCGCAACAUCGUCCAGAUGACAUAAUCGUAUAUCGUACCGAACAUGAAUAUAUCGUGCCUCAAGUGGACACAACAUUUACUAGUCAGAGCCCAGUUCCACCAAGGCGUAACCGUUCUAGAAGCUCCAGAGGUACCUCCCUCUGCGAUGACGACAGAACUUCCCAUGGGGCAGAAUCCCUUACUCUUGAUACACAUAUACCACAAACUGAUGAAAUAGAUCUAGUAAGGGAAAUUCGACAUGAAAGCCCAGGAUAUGCUACAGUAGAUAAGGGUCAGAAUGUCCCAGCUAAGCCAAUAAGAAGAUCAAUUAGUAAAACUCCACCUGUACGUCGUCGAAAAAGUAAUAGUUCGGAGCGUAAGUAUUACACCGUCGGCUCAACUAAAACUGUUCCUGAUCGACCACCCCGGAAAAAAUCUUCUACUAGUCUUAUGACUUUGGACAGUUUUACAAAACGGUCAAUUAGUGGAGAUUUAACGCAGUAUGUAGAAAUUGAGGAACCGCAAAUAGAAGAAGUACACAAAGAUUUAAAAUCUGGAGAAAUAGUAAGUAAAAUGAAAGAUAGGCCUUUACCACCACCACCACGACCGCCUAGAGGGCCAAAAAGAAAAAAGAAUCAAGCUGAAAUGGAACACCAAACUGUUACAGGACUCAAAACUAUGUCAGAAGUUAACGGCGUAUCCACACAAUUAGCUUCUGAUAUGAAAGAGGAAACAAAACCAGAAGAUAUUGUUGAAAUAGAAGUUUCAACUCAAACAGAUCCUUUACCAGAUGAUGUAGAUUAUGAACUUGGUAUGGAUGAUAAUCUCGACCUUUCAAUGUCUAGUUCUUUAAGAGAUAUAGUAGACGAAGACUCUAUUGUAGGUAAAUCUAUGGGUAGAAUGACAGAAAGCCCUAGAGUUUCACGGCCAACAUCUCGGUCAGAAAAAUCAUUGAAACUUUCUGAUCCAAAAAUUUCUGAACUAGCUAAAACAAAUAUAGGCCGUACAUCGCCAACUGUUAUUUUAGUUGAAAGACGCGUUUCAAGUCCAACUCGGAUAAAUGAAAAAGAAGAAAUGUUAACAGAAGCCUCAUUGACUGUACAGCAUAUAGAUAUUGACGAAUCACAAAUUCCUGAUGUACCACCUCUACCUAAAUCAAGAAACAUUUCAAGUCCAAUUCAAAAAUCAAAAGUCAUGACACCUCCAAGUGAUGAACGUGCCCUGGAAAGGGUAAGUGAUACUAGUCGAGAUAUCCAUUUAGAUAAUUUGGUAACUCAACGACUUCAAGUAAGAGAUUUAGAUGUUGGACGCUUAAAUGUGUCUGAAUUACAAGCAAGCAAGAUUUCAGUUUCCGAUAUAGAAGGCAUGACUUUACAAGUCACUGAACUCGACUCCAAAUCGGGCCACAUAUCUGUUAGUGGAAUUGAAUUUUCACAGUCAGUUAUCGACGAAAUCGUAAAGAAAUUUGCCGAGAUAACAACAAAUCAAGUUUCUGUACAGUCUUCGGAAUCUGUAGAAAUUCCGAGAUCGGUUAGUAGAGAAGAACAUACCCAAACUGAUAGUCCUCCGGAAACAAUUAAGGAAACUAAAACAGAAGAAAACCAAAUGACGGCAGAAGAACCCCCUCUCCCACCCCCUCCUCCACCUCCAUCUCAUCCCGAGCCCGAACUAGCCGGUACACCGCCUCCUCAAAGACCACCUCCUCCUGACCUAACGCCCCUGCUUUACUCUUACCUCCAGGAUAUAAAUAUACCACCCACAACUUUUUUUCCCCCACGGGUAUUUAGAGAACGUCCUUUCACGGAGUACCCCGAUAUGCAGCAUCAUUCACCUCCCCCACAAGUGCGCCGCCCAAAGAGAAAACCUGCCACUCCUCAUUCCGAGUCCAGUUCCGAAGACAAUAAGCCGCGACCCUCGCCCAGACGUAUGCCUCCUCCAGUAAGAACACAUGAACCCACUAUAGGCGAAGCUGGUGCACAAUUCUUAAGAGUAUGUCAGAGCUCUAUAAGUCGAGUUUUCAGGAAUAUGUUCAACUCUUUCAUGUCAUACAUUAGCGGAACGGAGGACAAAAAGGAUGUACAGAUGGCGUUGGUGAUAUUUCUCGUACUUAUAGCAGGGCUCAUUAUGUUUGGACUCAGUGACAGUCGUACGAUACAUCACCAUCACUGGGAAUUCUUCAACCCACCGGAUAGUAAGCCAUGAUUAAUAUCCACAUGUCAAAUCCGCUCACUUACCUUAAGGUUUCCUAGUCUAGUUUGUAAAGUAGAUUUAAAGCUAACUUGUAGGAUACCUUUGUAUGCUAAUUUAAAAAUAAUUAAAUUGCUCGUUUAUGAAAAUAUUAUACUUUUUUAAAUCUGAUUGUAUCUGAUUUUUACUCUGGUCGGUUAAAUAGAAACAGAAAUAUUUUAAAAUGAAACGAAAACCAAAACAAAAACAAUUAUGACAAAAAUAAGCAUUUUUUAUCUAUACUAGACUUUCCACUUUGGGCUUAAAAAGCCGACAACGGCAAUUGUUAAGUUUAUUUUUAAUAAAAUAUAGGUUUAAGUCUAUUUUCUUCUUGGUAGCAAUUCUGUUGUACAAAUUAGACUGAAAUUAAUUUUAUUACUGUCAAAGUCCGUUUUAAUUUUGUCAACAAUUAAGAUAACAGCAGUAAACUUAGUUAUAGUAUACAGUGGUAUGGUGACUACAGAAGAACAUUCGACAAAGCAAAAUUGAAAUUAUAGGUAUUUUUAUUUAAGUUAGAGAAUAAUACAACAGACUUGCUAUCAAUAUCUUUAUUUACACCAAGCUAAAAAGAAGUAAUAUAAGUCGAUAUAUUUUACACCAGUAAUACUUAAUGACUGCCUCCGUAAUAUCUACAUAUAGAAGACAAUAAAAUGUUAUAGAUAUAAUCUAGUCAAAAUUAAUCAAUUGUUAAUCAGUUAUCGUUAUGAAAUAGCGAUAUUUGUUAUUUUUUUCAAAUAAUAUAUAAUAUCACAUCAUAAUAUACGAUAUACGAAAGAGCUACGUAUACACUCGUUUAUUUAUAUAUAUUGUAUUGUUAUUAUUUAUUUGUUUAUUUCUGAAGUAGCGUGUCGACUAUAGGCUGGUGGUUUUAUGCAUUUUAAAAAUUGUUUUUGUUGUGUAAUAAUUAU